AUGACCUGGAUUACACAGGCCAUGGAAGCCUGCUCCUCUAGACAUGCUUUUCUGAAGGCCAUCGAGACGAAAAAAGUGGACGGAGAGAAUAAGGGCGAUUACAACGAGGAUCUGCUCCCAACAGAACCGGAACGACGGUCGUGGGGAUGGAUUCACUUUUUCACAUACUACCUGACGACAUCCUUCUCGCCUACUAGCUACAACCUUGGUGCGUCACUGGCUACCAUUGGCCUGCAAUGGUGGCAUACGCUCAUUGCUUCAGCAAUCGCCUCCAUCUUCUUGUCCGUCGUCGUUUUUCUCAACUCUCGCGCUGCGACGCGAUAUCACGUCGGAUUCCCCGUCCUUGGCCGUUCGGCUGGUGGUCCACGCGGAGCCAAAUUCUUUAUCUUCGUCCGAGGAGCUGUGGCAACAAUCUUCUUCUCAACCAACCUAUACUAUGGUGGAAGGUUAAUGGCCGUCUUGCUAAGGUGUAUCUUCGGCACGGCAUGGGAUAACAUUCCAAACCGUCUUCCAACUGACUCUGGGAUCACCAGCGCGAAUCUAUUAGCAUUCUUUAUCUAUUGGUUCUUUCAGAUGGGACUAAUGUUCGUGCAUCCUAUUGUGCUGAGACACAUUUUUGUCAUCAAGGCAUUUUACUGUACAAUCGCCCUGUUUGUUGUGCUGGGCUGGGCCAUCCACCAGAAUGACGGCUCGCUAGGUAGCUUUCACUUUGAUGGACAGGUCAUUCUCUCCGGCUCCCGGCUUGUCUGGCCCAUGAUUUCUGCUAUCAACUCCAUCUGCGCUGCUCUAUGCCCCAUCCUGAUUAACCAGCCCGAUAUAGCGCGUUAUGCGCAAAAGCCGUCUCAGGCCACUUGGUCUCAAACCCUCGGGAUCUUCAUUAGUAAGAUUCUGAUCAUGUUCAUUAGUGCCGGCACAACCAGUGCUGCGAAGGGAUUUUUGGGUACUUCCUAUUGGAAUGUGUGGGAUCUCUACGACGCGAUUCUAACGAAGUACUGGGGCCCAGGGGUUCGUGCUGGUGUUUUCUUUGCAUGCGUCGGAAUGGUUCUUGCUAUCCUCGCCACUAACGCGGGCACUAAUUCCCUCCCUGCAGGUGCCGAUAUGAGCGGUCUCCUGCCGCGCUAUAUAAAUAUUGUCCGCGGCCAGAUCAUAUGUGGUCUCCUUGGUCCGUUGUUCUUCCCUUGGAAGAUCAUCGCCAACGCAGCUAGUUUUUUGACUUUCCUAUCGUCCUAUACUGUCUUCCUGAUGCCCAUCUGUGGUAUCAUGGUGGUUGACUACUGGGUUAUUCGGCGCGGCAACGUGCACGUUCCGUCACUCUACAGCCGUGAGCCAGGUACUCCUUAUACAUACCAUAAGGGCUGGAACCUCCGAGCAAUCGCAGCGUGGUUGGCCGGCACUGCAUUCGUCAUUCACGGCGUGGCCGGAGCGUUAAAUGCCGACCUAACGGAUCAGGCCAGUAAGAAUAUGUACAAGAUCGGAUUCUUGUUGAGUUUCCUCAUGGGCUCGGCAGUCUAUUAUGCUGGCUGCCUGAUCUUCCCGAUGCCAAUCUACCCCGACGGCAAGCAGGAUACGCCCAGCACCUGGGAAUACAUGGCCGAGUCUGAGGGCUUCUUUGAAGGAGAAAGCGUCGACAUCAUCAGGCUGGGUAACGGUGUUGUCGUGGGUGUGGAGCUUGAUGGCGAUGUUGCGAAAGAUUUUGCCCGUCACUCACAGAAAGAGAUGGUUUAG